AUGCAGGAAAGGCAACAUCGUGUCAAACGUUCAUCAAGAUCUUCUACAGAGCAAUCACAAUAUCGUCCAGAUUUAUUAUACACAGGAUGGAAUAAAAUGGAUACAGGAAAUCAGAAAAUUCUGGGCGUUAAAAUAAUUCACAAUAUAAAUGAGCUGAAAACAAUUGGUACAGCUUUACCAGUUGGUGCUUUAGUUGUUAGUGAAAUGCCAACAACAGUGUCAUGGAAUAAAUACACAUUUCAAUGGGAUUCACAAAUAAAUCAAUUGAAUUCACUUGGUUUAUUCAUGAAAACUGAAUAUGUUAAUAAUACAUGGAUAAGAGUACCUGUGAAAUUCGAACGAGAAGUUACAUAUGGCAUUCCUGAACAUACUGAAGAAAGGCAUAAUCAUUUACCUCAUAAAAGAGAAUCACCUGCUUCAACUGACACUGCAAGAUACAAAGAGAAAAUUGUAUUUGCAUUUCAUCCUAUACCAUUUACUGGCGGAUCUUUCUCUGGUUGGCAUGGUGCUGAUACUAACUGCCAUCAAACUGCUUUGCAUCGUCUUGGAAUUCCACGAUUUAAAGCAUUUCUUGUAGAUAAAAAUUUUCCAGUUGAACGUCUUGUAAAAUGGCAAUAUCAAAAUAUUCCUGUGAUAAAUUUAGAGAGUCAAACAAUAUUUCCUAAAUGGCGAGAUUUCCUCUAUGGUGUUCGUUCAAAUAUAAAUGUACCAUUCUACGAUUUAAAUGGGAUGCCUGAUGUUCAAAAUUCUGCAAACAGAACAUUUUGGCUUGGAGGUGGAGUAAACUUUGGAUGCGACGACUGGACGUCUAGUUCCCCUAUGAAAUAUGGUCUUGUAUGGUCAUUUGAUUAUAAAACUGGAGAGAUAAAAAUCAGUUAUGCCAAGUGUAAUUCAUACAAUUAUCUCAUGUGUUAUAAGCUAUUACGCUUACCAGUAGCUAAAUAA